AUGUCUACCUCACCAAGUCUGCCUUCUGAUUGCAUGAUUUCCAGACACCAUCAAGGGACUGCUGAUGAUGGGACUGAUACUGAUGAAGCUCUCUCUGGUGACAUAUCCACCACCAAGAACAUUGAGGCUGCAAUUAAGAAGCCUGUGGCUCUUUAUGCAUUGCUUCAUUCACCAUUUUUGUCCAAAAAGUCCAUCAAGCGGAACUUAGUGGUGAUUUCCAUUCUUGGACAACUGAGAAAGCAUUUUCAUCUGAAGAAAAUUUCAAUCAAUUUUGUGUCCACAAAAAUUCUUGAAUUGAGAUACCCAAUAUUGACAAAGGAGCUCCAUAUGGAUUCUGGAGCUAUCCCUUGGUUGGCUAAGGCUCAGGUAAAGGGUUCUUCACUCUUUACCCUCAACCUGAAGUCAAAUCAUAAGCUCCAUACAGCCUAG